AUGGGUGAGGAUCUAAGAACUGGGGAUUUGGUUUUGUGUAAAGUCGGGUCCUUUGCACCUUGGCCAGCCGUCGUGUUCCCGCAGCGACUACUCAGAAAGGACGUAUAUCGCAGGAGACGUGCGGAUUGCGUUGCGGUGUGUUUUUUGAAUGACGAGACAUAUUACUGGGAUAAGCCUGCACGUUUGAAACGGCUGGAAAAGGACACAAUACGACAGUUUUUGGACGAUGCUGCUAUGUCGGGAGACGUUGACGAAUUUCUGGUGGGAGCCUAUGAAGAGGCGGCGGACUACGACUCGUUACAUGAGUUUAUCAUGCGAAGGCUCAGUGAUGAGGGGCGUACUGACGACUGGGACGGUAAAGAGAAACUGGAAGCCGGUCAGGAUCCGUUUGAGGGUAAAAAGUCUGAGUCGCCUGCUGCCGCGACGACGACGACAAAAUCUAAAAACAAACGGCCUCGUUCUGCGAAGAGUGCGGACAAUGAGAAUGGUAUGCCCCGCUCGACUGAAGACAAUGGUACCAGCUCAAAUAAACCUGUGCCCCUCAUUUCGAAGUCACGUGACUCAGCUAAAACAGAUCGCAAGCGACAAAGGUUAGAUCAAAGCAGGCGAAUUGAAAUAACGCUUCUGUUCCGUCGUAAAUUGCAAAGGAACUUGGUACAACGAGAUACACCUCCGUCUGACGACGAAAUUAAGGAAUCUCACAAGUUGCUUCGUAAAAUCAACGAAAACCUCAUUGCCAACGACCAAUUUUUCGAUAUUAACGCUCUGCGACAAAGCAAACUACACAAGUUGCUAAAGGUCAUAUCGAAUGAUAGGAAUUUGGAAGAAUUCCAUGAAGAAUGUACCACCAUUUUGGACAAAUGGUCACCCAUCAUACGCGAAUUGAAAUUGGAAAAAUUGAAAACCAAGACAUAA